UUGCGCGCUCCCGGACGUUAUUUCACUGAUUUUGAUUAUUUGCUUUAAUGUGUGGUGUGUCAGUGGUGAUGUUUGCAGGAUGAGCCACCUGUUAGGAGCUCAGGGCUGUGUGGAGAGUCUGCGCAGAGAUGUGAUAGACCUGCAGGGGGCGCUGGUGGAGGUGUUCUCUCGCACCGGACCGGUCCGGUUCCGCUCGUGGAGGUUCCCGGAGAGAGAGUCGUGCGAUCUGGACCUGGUGACGCUGCUGGAGCAGUACCGCUACACGGAGGGCAAGGAGGAGCUGAACCAGCACGCGCACAUCGUACUGUUAGAGCUGGUGAUCGACAGACUCCUCCUCCUGCUGCAGAGCUUUAACACCUACACCGAGCAGAUGUUGGGAGGACAGAGAGCCGGGGAUUGUGGGAGACCCGGCGGCUCGGUGUGUGUCGGCCUGGUGGUGAAACGCUACUGGAAUAAUUUAAUCCAGUUUAACAGCCAGCAGAGACAACAGAGGAUGAGCAGCGUGUCCCGGCCGGACUCUUCCUCCAGCUCCACCCCACCUCCCCCACGCACGGCCCUGUCCCCGUCCCUGUCCUCGUCCCACAGCCUGCACACGUCCUCUACGCCCCCCGUGAGCUGCCAGACUCUGGAGUCGGCCCUGGUGCCGUGUGACGCCUGCGCUCGGGUCCAGGCCACGCUGCAGGACAGCGCCCGCGCCGUGGCGUCUCUGUGCCGGGCCCUGGGUCUGUCCUGCCAGCUCUGGAGCCCCCUGCAGGCCGCGGAGGAAACGCUUCAGCUGGGCCGCCUCUCGGCCUGCGACCUGGCUCUGUGGGCGCGCGAGCAGCACCGGGAUCUGGGACGCAUCCAGACACACGUGACUCAGGUUCAAGAGAAACUCGAGUCGCUCACACACACGCUGCAGAAGGUAGAGGAGGAGAGGGACGAGAUCAAAGCACAGCUGGAGAGAGAGAAGGAGACGAGCACGAGGGAGAGAGAGGAGAGGAGGAGGAGGGAGGAGGAGUGUGAGAGAAGACUGCAGGAGGAGACACACAGGCGAGACGAGGAACUGAAACACCAGCAGGGGGCGCUAGAGAACCUGAGACGAGUUGCUGCCGCUUUAGAAGUGAAGAUCUCCGAGCUGGAGGGAGAAGUGGAGCUGCGGAGAGAAACACAGCAGUGUGUCGAGCGUGAGAGGGAUUCCCUGCUGGAGGAAGUGCACAGGCUCCACCUGGAGGAGAUGAGCUGGAGACAGACAGAGGAGGAGAAGAGAAACCUGGAGACUGAUCUCAGUGACGCUCAGACACGUCUGGAUAAGGAGAGCGCUAAGUAUCAGAGCGUUCAGCGCAGACACGAGGCGACGGUGGUGAAGCAGCAGGCCCUGCUGGAGCGUGUAGACGCGUUGUUGCAGCAGUGUGAGGACCUGCAGUCUCGUCUGGACGAGUGUGAGGACCAGAAAGCCGAACUCACGGAUACACUCACACACACCACGCAGGAGAGGAACACACUGCAGGAGCAACUCACACAGCAGGAGUCUGAGUUCCUGUCCCUGAAUGAGGACAAACAGAAGCAGUGUGUACGACUCCAGGAGAUGGAGGAGUGUGUGAGUCGGCUGACUGAGGAGUUACGGCAGUCCAGGGAGAGAGAGAGGCUCCUGGUGGCUUUUCCUGAACUUAAUCCCCAUCACGCUGUACCACAGACUACAGGUGAUGUGCUGUGUGAUAUGGAGCAGCAGUUGAAGGUGAACUCCAUCAGGAUCAGGGUUCUCGAGCAGGAGAACACAUCUCUGACUAAAACCCUCUCCAGACUGAGAGACGCUCAGACCGUCACACUCGGUCCGCAGGGUGCAGGAGACGCUCACACACUGUGUUCAGACUCAGCAAGCUCAGAAGUGGACAGGAGAGAGAGGGGAAAAGAAAAGCAGAUCACAUCUUCUGCUUCUCAGUCUUCUUCUUCUUCGUCUGUUCUUCACCAUCAGACGAUCAGUCUCUCUCUCAUUCCAGACGCCAAGGAGAGGUACGGGAAACUGCGCCAAGCUGCACGGGAACGAUCUGCUGGGACGAACCGCAGGAGGAAGUGAUGUCACCAUGUCCCGCCCACAUGCAUAGUAGUGUAGUGUGGAACGGUCUUAGGCACAUGCAAAAGUUGUUGUAAAGUUUCUAGUGGAAUCCUGAGGUUUGAGCAUCAGCAGUGUUUUCGCACUCACUCUUGUGCACCAUCCUGUAAAUGCAAGGAGAAUGAAAGACGUCUGUAUCAUCUAAUCAUGCACUGUAAGAAGUAAUUUGUUAAGUUUACUUAAUUAAAUUGUGCAAACGCGUCGCCUUAAUUCAGUUAAGUAAUAUUAACUUUAUCAUAUCAAGUAUCAUUUAAGUCAUAUUUACUUAUGUAUUAAAAGUAUUCCUUACUUGUAUCCAGUCACAUUUACUUAAAGCAUUUAAGUUUUAUUAACUUAACUGAAUCUGUAAUUUGAGGAAUGGUACCA